AUGUCUGAAGAAGGUAAUUCUAAAAAUAAUGAUAAUAAUAAUAAUAUCGGGAAACCAAAAAUUAGAUUUCAACAACCAGAAACAAUUGGUUCUACUAGUUCACCUCAAACAAUAUUAAAAAGAACUUCGUACUCUUCUUCAUUAGUUCCUGGAGUAAUAUCAACAAUAGAAGGUGAUAUAUUAUUAGGAAGUGUAUUAAAUGGAUUAGGGGGUGAAGUAAAAGGAGGGGGAAAUGAAGGGAACGCAUUUAAUGGAGUAAUGGAUGAAGUAAUAAGAGGAGGGGUAAUGAAAAAUCCCAAUACUAAACCCAUAAAAAAACCCAUAAAAUCCAUGUCACCAUCAAGAACCACAAAAACUUCACAAAGAUUAGUAUUACUUCCAGAAGAAAUUGAAGAAAUUUCCGAUCAUGCGGUUGAAUCUCCUUUAACUCCCGUAACUCCUACGUUCACUUUAAUAUCAUCACCGAUACCAAGUUUUAGAGAAAAUGAUCGGACUGACGCAGAACGAAUGCAAAAAGAAGUUAGAGAUGAUGCAAAAUAUCCGAGGGUAACGGCUUAUUGUACAGCAGAAGGAUAUUAUUUAGGUGUUCUAAUGGACUUCCUGAGAAGAGAACAUAAUGUUCAGCCAAAACGAUAUGUUGAAUGUAUUUAUGCACCAUAUCAUUUUCCUUUAAAUUCAGGAAGAAAUUCAAAUAUUGUAUCAUCAUCAGCUAUAAAUGGACAUUCAUUUGUAGAAAGGCAAAUAGAAAAUUGUGAAAAUGUUUUUUAUUUUGAUUAUGGGGUUGCGGUAUUUUGGAAUCUCACCGAAGAACAAGAGAUUUCAUGUUUAAGGGAUCUUUCCGCUGCAGGUGUUAUGGCUCGUCAAUUAAAAAAAGAAGAUAUUGAAUGUGAAACAUUUCAUUUUCAAUAUGAUUUUGAUUCAUUUAGAAGACCUAGAAUAUUUAAUGAUAUGAUAACUUUAAAAUCUUGGAAUCAUAUGAUUAAACUCACCAUCAGUCAUGCAAUUAGUCAAAGUACUAAAUUAGCUUUAUAUGAAUGGCAAAUGGCGCAUACAAUUGAAGAAACAAAACAUAUACCAAAAAUGUUAACUCAAACUGGAAGAUUAAACUUGGAUCGAAGUCAAGUUACAAAGUUGAGUGGAGAAAUGUUUAAAUUAAGAAUGAACGUAAAUUUAGUGUCUAAUGUAUUAGAUACACCAGAAAUAUUUUGGUCGGAACCAUCGUUACAACCUUUAUAUAAUGUUCUCAACGAACGAUGUAGUGUCAUAAGUGAUAUGUUAGAUAUGUUACGAGAAGAUGUUGGUAAUACGAACAUGACUAAAAUCACUUGGAUUAUUAUUUGGUUAAUUGUUUUGGCAGUUUUUAUACAACAACAAGAAGCUUUACGACAUCAAAUGCAACGACCACGAAAUAGUAAUGAAAGUAACUUGAAUCUUUUGGCAGAUGUUGUCGCAUUUUUAGAAGAAUUAAGGGAAAAUAAUAAAUGA